AUGACACCGACGGUCCUAAUGGAGUUUGGGCAGCAGAGGCCCAUAAAACGGGGCUAUGAGGAAAUGGCCUUCCGGGGCGUGACGCCAGUCGCGCCUCGGGGGUACUCAGAGACAGUUGGGGAGUCGGAAUGUGCAGCUGGCAGCCCUGUUCGUGUUGAUUCCGAGGACUCUUCGGCACCGAAGCGCAAGUGCAUCAGCCUGAACAGCGAUGGCUUUGACGUGAAGCGGGAGAUCUUUGUGCCGUCCAAGAUGUCAUCAUCUGAGCGGCGGUAUCUUCGGAAGAGAUUCCGGGCAGAGCUUGAUUCCGUGCGAGAUCUCCUCAAGAAGCCAGAGUUUGCAGCACCUGUUCCUGUGAGUCGGGCACCUGCUUUGUCAUCCUCAGCUGCCCCUCGAGCCAAGAAGGUGCACCGUGGGAGCAAUGUUGUCCGUGGCGCAAAGGGACGGUUCUUGCCUACAAAACCCCGGCCUGAACCUUCUGCAGAGUUAUCUGAAGCUGCAGUGUUUAAGCAGUGUGAAACUGUUUUGAAGAAGCUCAUGACUCAGAAAUAUAGUCAUAUAUUCAAUGUCCCAGUUGAUGUUGUGAAGCUGCAAAUUCCUGAUUAUUUUGACAUCAUCAAGACCCCGAUGGAUCUUGGUACUGUGCAGAAGAAGCUUGAAUCUGGCUCAUACACAAGUCCGUCAGAUUUUGCUGCUGAUGUUAGGCUGACUUUUAACAAUGCGAUGACUUACAAUCCUCGUGGGCAUGCUGUACAUGACAUGGCCAUCCAGCUGAACAAGAUGUUUGAGAAUAGAUGGAGGACAAUUGAGAAGAAGUUGGCUUCUGUGGCUGCUGAGAAACAUGUUGAGGUUGACAGGGCUGACUCGAAGAGGAGGAAGACUCCUCCUGUGGACCGCAGUGAUGUGUCAGUGGAGGGUGUACGGCAAACAGAGCCUGUAAAGCCUAAGAUGACAGCUGCUGAGAAAGAAGCGUUUGGGAACUGCUUGGCUUCUAUAGCCGAUGAUUUACCUUCUCACAUCCUUGAAUUGCUGCAACAAUGCAUCGACAGCAAUACCGAUAUGGCUGGUGAUGGAGAGAUAGAGAUUGAUAUCCAAGCAGUCAGUGAUGACCUGCUCUUCGAGCUGAAGAAACAAGUUGACAAGUAUUUGCAGGAGCGAGAGCAGAGUCAGCAGGUGGCGAAAUCUGAGCCUUCUGAGAACGAAGCUGUGAAUGUGUCUGGGCUUAGCCACUCGUCUACAAAUCCUUGCAAAGGUAGUGAGCCUAUCGAGGAGGAUGUGGAUAUUUGUGGCAAUGCCUCCCCUAUCAUGUUAGACAAAGAUGCACAAAUCAGGAGUAGCAAGUGCGGUAGUCCAAGUAGUUCCAGCAGCGACUCUGGAUCAUCUUCUAGCGAUUCAGACUCAGGCAGUGACUCUGAAAGCGAAUCAGAAAAAGUGGGCAGCCCAGCAAAGAUUGUGAAGGGUACUAAGAAACCCGACCAGCUGGUGGAGCAAGAAAAGAGUGAUGUUAUUAGUCCAGCUGAUGCCAACCGUCCUGCGGAUACUGUGGGACACCGUGAAGAGGAUAGUGAAUCAAAGCCUGCACCAGAGGGGGAAAACUCAAAACCCGAUACACAAGUCUCACCGGACAGGCUUUUGCGAGCAGCCCUUUUGAGGAGCCGGUAUGCUGAUGUGAUUGUCAAAGCUCGUGGCAUUCUCAGCCAGGGUGGAGACAAACAGGAGGAACUGGAAAAGCUCCAGAAGGAAGAGAAAGCACGGCUAUUGGCUGAAGGCAACGCAGCCAUGGAGGCUCGAAGAGCUGAAGCCGAAGCUGAAACUAAGCGUAAACGUGAUUUUGAGAGGGAGAAGGCUCGUCAGGCCCUACAGGAGAUGGAGAGAACUGUAGAAAUCAAUGAUAACCUCCAUCUCAAGGAUUUGGAAAUGCUCGGAACAGCCACAGCAGAACAUAUUGUGAGCUCUGUUGAUGAGACUAGUCCAGAGCGCUCCCAGGAUGGCAUGCCUGGUUUUCAUCCAGGAUCUGUCAAUCCGUUGGAACAACUUGGACUUUUCAUGAAGGUAGAUGAUGAGGACGAUGAUGAAGAGCCGAGCAGUGAUCCCGGCGUUAAAGAAGCAGAGGAAGGAGAGAUCAAUUGAUGGUUCUGUGUUGGCUGCCAUGCCCUGUCAUGGGCUAGAGGCUGGUGCCAACCUAUUUAUCCAACAAAGCUCGCAGCCAAUGUUUGCCUGGUGAUGUCUGGACAUCUGCACGCGGUGGAUGCUCAAUUGCUUCCAAACUGGUGCAGUGAAAGCCGUCAAUUUUGUUGCUGCUGAUGCCAACCUGGAGGAAAUCACCUUGAACAAUUGUAAAAACGAGAGAUCAUGUGCUUCAGGAAGGCUUGCUGCAGGUCGAGGUCACCGUGGACAGCUCCAAAUGAACAUAUUUAUGUGCAGAGGAAGGUAUUUUUUUCACGCCACCAUGAAAGAUGGUGACAUGAUACUCAAAUGACGCCGAACUGGUGAAGUUCAAAUGGCUCAUUGUUUGCUGCAACUCCUCUAUUUCAAGCGGGUUUGCUCAGCGGCUUACAGCAGUUCUCAUCUUCUGUUUUUCCCCUUAUUUUUCUUGUUUUAGAUUGUGUAGUUGCUUCCGGCUGUAAAUCUUAAUUUUGAUGUAGUGAAGGAAGCAAUAGUUUGUUGGGCAUGGGCGAAAGGAACUGCUCUUGCUUAUCAUUUACAGGAAAAAGUUGCUUUUGAGAUGCA